CAAAGAUAAAAGAUGAAACCAUAAGUUAUCUGCAAAAUGCAAACGUAUCGUAUUAAUACUAAUAUUUGCUAAGACGUAGUCACUUUCAUCUGCACCUCUCUAAUCAGGAGUGAGUGACUCCGGAUCUAUUCACAGCUACGCCGCUGGUCCCUUCCACUCCGGAUUUAGCCAAGAGAAGAACAGCUGCGGUAACGUUUUAACAGUUUUGGAGAAGGCGAGUGGGACAUGCUGUCGGCGGGAAGAGAGUCGGCGCACCGCCGAAGCCAGUAGAGCCAUGGCCGAGGACUACUGGGAACACACGGUGGCUUUGGGAUAUCGCUAAGAUCACAAGGGCACACGGGAUCCCGCGCCCUCCGGGCGAACGAACAGUGGCUGCGCCUCCACCCCCCUCGUCCCGUGCCCCUCGUCCGCCGCUGAUGGACCGCAUGAAGAAGAUCAAGCGGCAGCUGUCGUUGACGCUGCGGGGGAACAGCAGCGAGGACAAGCGCCUGAACGACACCAUGGGCUCUCAGGACGCAGGCGCGCACAGUGACUCGGAGGCUAUGCCAGGUGGGGGUAGUGCCACACUGCGGGGUUCAGUGAGAGGAGCAGGCGGCUCCUUCAGCAUGCACUCACUCCUACAGAACUACAGCAGCGCCAUGCGCCGACCUCGCAGUCUGGGCCGCAGCCUCAGCUCCUAUCUCAACCAUACCGCACGCCUGGAGAUAGUCCACGAAGACGUAAAGAUGGGCUCGGAUGGAGAGAGCGACCAGGCAUCAGCCACUUCCUCCGACGAGGUGCACAGCCCCGUGCGUCUCCGACUCAGGAACAACCCUGGGCGCAAAAUUUCCACUGAGGACAUAAAUAAGCGCCUGUCUCUGCCAGCUGAUAUCCGGCUCCCGGACGGAUACCUGGAGAAGUUCAGCCUGAACAGCCCCCUGUUUGACAAACCCCUGAGUAGGCGGCUACGCAGAGUCUCUCUGUCAGAAAUUGGUUUUGGGAAGUUGGAGACGUACGUGAAACUGGAUAAACUAGGAGAGGGCACAUAUGCCACGGUCUAUAAGGGUCGCAGUAAGCUUACUGAUAACCUGGUGGCUCUAAAAGAGAUACGCUUGGAGCAUGAGGAGGGAGCGCCCUGCACCGCCAUCAGAGAGGUGUCCCUGCUGAAGGAUCUGAAACAUGCCAACAUUGUGACCCUGCAUGACAUCAUCCACACGCAGAAGUCUCUGACGCUCGUGUUUGAAUAUCUUGAUAAAGACCUGAAACAGUACUUGGACGACUGUGGGAACUGCAUCCACGUGCACAACGUUAAGUUAUUCCUGUUUCAGCUGUUGCGAGGGCUGAAUUACUGUCACAGACGCAAAGUUCUCCAUCGAGACCUCAAACCCCAGAACCUCCUCAUCAAUGAUCGUGGAGAGCUCAAACUGGCUGAUUUUGGUCUGGCUCGGGCAAAGUCGAUUCCCACCAAGACCUAUUCUAAUGAGGUCGUGACUCUCUGGUACCGCCCCCCAGACAUCCUACUGGGCAGCACAGACUACUCGACACAGAUUGACAUGUGGGGAGUUGGCUGUAUUUUUUAUGAGAUGGCUACGGGUAGACCACUGUUCCCAGGAUCCACGGUGGAAGAGGAGCUGCACUUUAUAUUUAAACUGCUAGGCACCCCCACGGAGGAAACCUGGCCUGGAAUAACUUCCAAUGAAGAAUUCAUCUCCUACAACUACCCCCGUUACCGUGCCGACUGUCUUCACAACCACACUCCACGGCUGGACAAUGAUGGCGUGGGCCUGCUAGCCAAGCUACUGCAGUUUGAGGGAAAGAAGCGGAUGUCUGCAGAAGAAGCAAUGAGGCAUUCGUACUUCCACUGCCUGGGAGAGAGAGUUCUCACACUGCCUGACACUACGUCCAUAUUUGCACUUCAAGACAUUCAGCUGGAGAAGGAGACGAGCGUAAGGACGAGCUCACUGUCUGACUCUGUCAACAGCAUGUCUCAGCGCCAGAACCUGCUCUUCUGACCUGUGCCGGAGAUGAUGCAGGCCGAAGACGAGUAAACGAGAAAGAAGAGCGCAAACGGACGUUUCUGCGUGCGAUUAUGAUGAAGGGAUCCAUGUUUGUCAUUUCUGUAACUGAGUCAUUACCGUUAUGUGGCAUUGUGUCUUUAGAAAGAGUGGGGGGUGGGGUAACUAGAUGUUUACAUGGGAAGCUGGAGGAUCAUUGCUUGUUUGUUUAUUUGCGUUUGUAUUUAUAUUGUUUGUGUCAAAUGAUUAUGCACUCUUUUGCCUGUUUGUGUAACAUUAACAAUAUCAGACUCUCUUCCCACUAAGCAGCGGCGGUUUUGACACUAGACGCAGCAGUCGUCUGUCCAGUCGCCUGCAGCCAUGGUUCUGUUGGUUCUGAGUGGGGUUUCUCAGCCCGAGCCAGCACAAGGCAGAGCAAAUAUAAUACACCAUUUCUGCAAUAGCUGUUCAGCUCUUUGGCCAGAACCUACCUUAAAAGACCAACUUACGAAGAAUCUAAUGGCUAAUAAUAAUAAUAAUAAGACGCAUAACAAUGUCCCUGAUUUCAAGCUUGACGUAGAAUGGGGCUAAAUACUGUUUUGUGCUUGUGCCGGUCUGUCUCAGACCAAACGUGUGAAGGUGUGAGAGCCUUCAUCUUAGUCUUCCUCCACGGCCUGACUCUCUCCCGUUGAAACGGUCUGUGCCCAGAGGUAAUAGCCCUGCACCUGCCAACUCAUGGUGUUCCACAGCACAGCUAGAAACACAACAGAGAACCCAGGAAAGGAUUUCACCAAAGAUGCUCCCUCCUUAACACCGACUAGAAUUAUGAGAAAAUGUUGGGGAACCCUUUGGAAUGACUCACAUUUCUGCAUGAAAGGAACCUAAAAUGUGACCUUAUCAUUUAACAGUGGCAUAGCUUUUAUUGAAAUGAUGAAUGAAUGGUGUAAACCAUCAGUGUAGUGGGCAGUGGUAGCUCAGUGGUUAAGGUAGUUGUCUUGUAAUCGGAAGGUUGUUGGCCAAGAUGCCACUAUUGGG